AUGCAACACGAUCUAGCUGCUCAUAUACGCAAGACCGUUAGUCAGUCAAUGUAUCGCACCUUUCUGUGUUAUGGUAUAUGCUCGUUUAUAAACUGCGGCAUCAUCUUCUAUAUGGUGGCCAUUCAGGACUCACUAGGAGAUACUGUAAACACCGUGUUGAUGUACGUCUUCGACGGUGUGGUCAUACUAUAUUUUAUCGCUUUUCCUCUUACCACCGUUAUCUAUCAUCCACAUGUGCAUUGCUUCCAAAGUCAACCAAUUCGAGCUGCACCACUCCCUGCUUCGCUGAUCAAUGGAAUUCGAUCGCAGACGUCAACACUUGAGAGCAACCUGUCACAAGAAACUGCUCCCCCACCUCAACCCCCUAUUGUAAUCCAGCAGUCGACGAUCUUCCACCACUGGAACCAAUACACUAUUCAGAAAGCCCUCGUCGAACUACCAGGACAAGCACUAUAG